AUGGAUAUGUAUGAAACUCUUGGAAAAGUGGGAGAAGGAAGUUAUGGAACAGUCAUGAAGUGUAAACAUAAGGAUACCGGGCAGAUAGUGGCCAUUAAGAUAUUUUAUGAGGCACCAGAAAAAUCUGUCAACAAAAUUGCAUCGAGAGAAAUAAAGUUUCUAAAGCAAUUUCAUCAUGAAAACCUGGUCAAUCUGAUUGAAGUUAUUAGACAUAAAAAGAAAAUUCAUUUGGUAUUUGAAUUUAUUGAUCACACUGUAUUAGAUGAGUUACAACAUUAUUGUCAUGGACUAGAGAGUAAACGACUUAGAAAAUACCUCUUCCAAAUCAUUCGAGCAAUUGAAUAUCUUCACAAUAAUAACAUCAUUCAUCGAGAUAUAAAACCUGAGAAUAUUUUAGUAUCCCAGACAGGAAUUAUUAAACUCUGUGAUUUCGGCUUUGCACGAACACUAGCAGCUCCAGGGGAUAUUUAUACUGACUAUGUAGCCACACGCUGGUAUAGAGCUCCAGAAUUAGUAUUAAAAGAUACCUCUUAUGGAAAACCUGUGGAUAUCUGGGCUUUGGGCUGUAUGAUCAUUGAGAUGGCCACUGGAAAUCCCUUUCUUCCUAGCAGCUCUGAUUUGGAUUUACUUCAUAAAAUUGUUUUAAAAGUAGGCAAUUUGACACCUCACUUGCAGAAUUUCUUUUCCAAGAGUCCUAUUUUUGCAGGGGUGGUCCUCCCUCAAGUUCAACACCCCAAGAAUGCAAGAAAAAAAUACCCAAAGCUAAAUGGAUUGUUAGCAGAUAUAGUUCAUGCUUGUUUACAAAUUGAUCCUGCUGAGAGAAUAUCAUCUGCUGAUCUUUUGCAUCAUGAGUAUUUUACUAGAGAUGGAUUUGUUGGAAAAUUCUUACCAGAACUAAGAGCUAAAUUACUACAAGAAGCAAAAGUCAAUUCAUUCAUAAAGUCAAAGGAGAAUUCUAAAGAAAAUGAACUUAUGAAAGAUGAAAGAAAAACAAUGUAUACUGAUACACUUCUACGUACUUCACUUUUGGGAAAGGAAAUGGAAAAAGAGAAAAAGCCCAAGGAAGUAAAAACCAGAGCUAUUAAAGGCAAAGGAGGAAAAGUAGAUACCUUAGAACCAAAAAAGACAGAGUAUGAAAGUGGACAUUGUCAAUCAGAUGCAAUUGAAAAUGCUCAUACUGUGUCUCAAAAUAUAAAAUCUGUAAUCAAUGAAUCACCAAACCCUGCCAAUCCCAGCACUAGCUCUAUUGGCAUGAAAGACAAUCCACAUGCUGGAAGUAAUAUGAUGAUGCCACCCAUCAACCUAACUAGCAGUAACUUGAUGGCUUCCCAUCUCAAUUUAAAUCUCUCCCACUCCAAUUCAAGGUUAACUGAAAGAGCAAAAAAGAGAUAUACUCCUUCACAAUCUAUUGGACACAUUAUGGCUAAUAACAGGCAAGAGGAUACAGGUCCCACUCAAAGCCAAAUGGAGAAAGGUAUAUUUAGUGAGCGGACAAGUCAAAGUGACCAAAUGGCAAGUGGAAGUAAAAGGAAGCUGAAUUUUUCCAGACCUGAUCGGAAAGAGUUCCAUUUCCCAAAAUUGCCUUUCCUAAUACAAUCAAAUGAAAUGAAAAGAACAGAAGUUAAACAGAUAAAAGUGCCAAAAAGGGAAUCAAAGAAAACAGAUUCAUCUAAAAUACCAACUUUACUUAAUAUGGACCAAAAUCAAGAAAAACAAGAGGGUGGAGAUGGCCAUUGUUUGGAGGCGAAUUUGAAGAGGAGCAGAUUUUUUUUGGGUAGCAUCUUUUAA